GGUGGGGCUUCCCGGUGACUCCUCCUGCGGGACUCAGACGAGGCGGGAGGGAGCCGGGGGCGGGGGCGCGUGCGCGCGCGCGUGCUCGCUCCACGAGGAGCGCGGCGGCGAGGGCGCGCUAGGCGAGGUGGCGCGCAAGGCUGAGAGGAGGCGGGCAGGCUGGUAGGCUGGGCGGGCUGCAGGCGGCGGGCGGCCGGGAGCGCGCGGUGGACUCGGCGGCGGCGAGUAGUUAGUUGGUGUCAGUUACUCGGCGGCGGCGGCGGCGGCUGCGGUCACCAGGAAGGGGACAGGACAGCCGGCGAUGGUAGUCACCGUGGCGGCGUGUGCGCCCCGCAGGCAUCUGCCUAGACUGGAGUUUAUGCUGUAGACAUUUCUUUGUGGAUUUGUCUCAGAAGCCAAGAUUGAUCGUACUUGGAAGAGCUGCUGUGGCACUUAGGGGAGGUGGGAACUGAUGGAUGGAAGUCUUACCAUGCACUGAAGGAAAGCAUUGUCUGUGAAGUUCUGGUUUUUAAAAUGUCUGCUUGUAACACCUUUACUGAACAUGUUUGGAAACCUGGUGAAUGCAAGAACUGCUUUAAACCUAAAAGCUUGCACCAGCUCCCCCCAGACCCUGAGAAGGCUCCUGUCACCCAUGGCAAUGGGAAAACUAAUGCCAAUCACAGUAACAACCACCACUUGAGGAAUACCAGAAAUUUCCGACCCCCUGUGGCUAAAAAACCCACUAUAGCUGUGAAGCCCACAAUGAUGGUGGCAGACGGACAAAGUGUAUGUGGUGAGCUUAGUAUCCAAGAACCCUGUGAGAACAAGCCUGUCGUCACAGGGUGGAACCGAAACAGGACAGCCUUAAAUCAGAAACCACUUAAUAAUAAUAAUGAAGACGAUAUUAAAAGAUUUAGCCACGUUCCUAAGCCUUAUGGUAAUAAUGAUAGUGCAAAAAAGAUAUCAAAUGACAAUAAUGGACUGACUGAUGUGUUGAAGGAGAUGGCAGGCUUGGAUACCAGCCCUCCGGGAAGAGGAAAUGAAGCCGACUCCAGAGAAACAUUCUUAGGAAGAAUAAAUGAUUGCUAUAAGCGGUCGCUGGAAAGAAAGCUCCCGCCGAGUUGCAUGGUGGGCGGGAUGAGAGAAACGCGGAGCAAGCACGUCACGCUGAGCGGGAGCGCGGAGGUGAUCGGCAGCGAAGGGGGCCGGUUCUGUUACCCCGCAUUCUCAAGUGGCGAAGACAGUGAGGACGAUGUGCUUUUCAGGGACGCGGAGGAGGAGCGGGAGAGCUGGGACGAGAGUGAUGAAGAGCUGCUGGCCAUGGAGAUUCGCAUGAGAGGACAGCCUCGCUUUGCCGACUUCAGGGCAGACACCCUGUCUCCCGUUAGAUUCUCUGUGGACAAAAAAUGGAAUACUGUCCCCUUGCGAAACAAGUCUCUGCAGAGAAUCUGUGCUGUAGACUAUGACGACAGUUAUGACGAAAUCCUAAAUGAAUAUGAAGAUAAUUCUGUGGUUUCCUAUGGACCAGGAAGCGUUCAGAGCAUGGCGUCAUCUGACUCCACAUCGCCAGAUUCUUCUUUAACGGAAGAAUCACAUUCUGAGACAGCUAGUAGUUUAUCUCAGAAGAUUUGUAAUGGAGAAAUAUCACCUGGUAACCCAGGAGAUUCCAAGAACAUGAAGAAAAGUGAGCCCAAUUAUGAAAGUCUCUCUGGUAAUAAUCAGGAGAAGGACUCAUCACAAGCACCCAAAAGCUCAGUAAAAGUUCCAGAGACUCACAAAACAGUCCUUGCUCUCCGAUUAGAAGAGAAAGACGGCAAGAUCGCUGUACAAACCGAGAACCAAGAAAGUAAAGCCUCCACAGAUAUUGCUGGGCAAGCAGUGACCAUAAACCUCGUCCCUGUAGAAGAGCAAGCGAAGCCCUACAGAGUUGUGAACCUGGAACAGCCGCUGUGCAAGCCAUACACUGUCGUGGACGUGUCAGCAGCCAUGGCCAGUGAGCACCUGGAGGGCCCUGGUAAUAGUCCCAAGACGAAAAGCUCAUCUUCCACUCCAAACUCUCCAGUGAUAUCACCGGCAUUGACAUCAGGACAAAUAAGCGCCCAUUCCCAAAAAUCCAGUGCAAUCCGAUAUCAAGAAGUAUGGACUUCCAGUACUAGUCCACGACAAAAGAUGCCCAAGGUGGAAUUAGUUAGUAGUGGAACUGGACCAAAUGUCCCUCCAAGGACAAACUGUCACAAAUCAGCACCUACUUCACCUACAACUACAAACAUUUCCUCCAAAACCAUCCCUGUUAAGUCACCUAAUUUGUCUGAAAUAAAAUUUAAUAGUUAUAACAAUGCUGGUAUGCCACCUUUUCCAAUUAUCAUUCAUGAUGAACCAACUUAUGCUCGGAGUUCCAAAAAUGCUAUCAAAGUCCCCAUUGUUAUCAACCCAAAUGCAUAUGACAAUCUAGCCAUUUAUAAAAGUUUUCUUGGAACCAGUGGAGAACUCUCAGUGAAGGAGAAAACCACAAGUAUGCUAAGUCAUACUUACGAAGAGAUAGAAACUGGAAACAAAGUGUCUGGUAACACCACUAGCCAGCCCACUGAAUGUCCCCAAGCUAAAGGGUUUUCAAACAACACAGAGCAUAAAAGGGGCUCGGUGGCUCAGAAGGUUCAGGAGUUUAACAGCUGUCUUAACAGAGGUCAGUCUUCACCACAGAGAAGCUAUAGUUCGAGCCACAGCUCCCCAGCAAAGAUCCAGAGACUCACCCAAGAACCUGUGGCCAAAACAGAAGGCACCCAGGAGUCUCAGAUGAUGAGCGGUAGCACCAGGGAGAAGGCGAGCACAGUGCUUUCUCAGAUCGUGGCUUCUAUCCAACCCCCACAGUCUCCUCCAGAAGUGCCCCAGUCUGGCCCUAAAGCUUCCGGUGUUGAAGAGCUUUAUGCAGUUCCUCCAGAUGUCAGUCCUGCCAAGAGUUCCCCACUCAGGCCCAAAUCUCUCUUUACAUCCCAGCCCAGCGGUGAGGCUGAAGCACCUGAGACCACAGAAAGUCCCACCACCAAAGUACAGAAAGAUCUACUCACGAAACCAGUCACCACUGCUCCCUCCAAAUCAGUGACUAGCCCCCAAAGUGAGCCGCCACCUCCCUUUCCCCCUCCACGUUCUACUUCCUCCCCGUACCAUGCAGGUAACCUUUUGCAGAGGCAUUUUGCCAACUGGACCAAGCCAACUAGCCCUACUAGGCCGACAGAAGCUGAAUCCAUCUCGCAUUCUGAAAGUGGCCGGCGGGCAGCUGACGCAAAACCUAAACGCUGGAUAUCAUUUAAAAGCUUUUUCCGCCGUCGGAAAACAGAAGAGGAAGACGACAAAGAGAAAGACCGAGAAAAAGGGAGACUGGUGGGCCUCGAUGGCACAGUCAUCCACAUGCUGCCCCCUCCUCCAGUUCAGCGUCAUCGCUGGUUCACAGAAGCAGAAGGGGAGUCCGGUGAGAAGCCGGCCAUCGUCUUCAUGUACAGGUGUGACCCUGCCCAGGGCCAGCCCAGUGUGGAUCCAAGCAGCGCCAGGGCGGACCGGUCAACGGCCACGGAGAAGGAUGGGACAGAGGACGCGUUAUUGCAGGGCUCAGAGAAGAAGGGAAGGAGUCAUUCUUCUCCAUCACACAUUCCUAAACAAACCCCCAGAUUACGGCAAUCUAGAGCAGCCAUGAUACCUCCCAAGCAUCCACGGCAGCCUAAAGGAGCUUUGGAUGAUGCCAUUGCCUUUGGUGGGAAAACAGACCAAGAAGCACCUAAUGCUUCCCAACCUACACCGCCCCCACUGCCAAAGAAAAUGAUCAUCCGAGCCAAUACAGAACCCAUCUCCAGAGACCUCCAGAAAUCCAUGGAAACAAGUCUUUGUGUCAUGGCUAAUCCCACCUAUGAAAUCGACCCCAACUGGGAUGCCAGCAGUGCUGGCUCUUCCAUCAGUUAUGAACUCAAGGGAUUGGACAUUGAGCCUUAUGACUCCUUGGAGAGACCUUUGCACAAGGAGAGACCUGUCCCCUCAGCAGCAAACAGCGCCUCCAGCUUGACCACUCUCAGUAUUAAGGAUAGAUUUUCCAACAGCACGGAGUCCCUGUCCAGCCGGCGUGGUCCCUCUUGCAGACAGGGCCGGGGCACCCAGAAGCCACAGAGACAAGCACUUUAUCGAGGACUUGAGAAUCGGGAAGAAGUGGUGGGUAAAAUCCGAAGCCUUCAUACCGACGCCUUGAAGAAACUGACUGUUAAAUGUGAAGACCUUUUCAUGGCUGGACAGAAAGACCAGCUCCGUUUUGGGGUGGACAGCUGGUCAGACUUCAGGCUAACCAGUGACAAGCCAUGUUGUGAGGCAGGUGAUGCAGUUUACUACACAGCCUCAUAUGCAAAAGAUCCACUUAAUAACUAUGCCGUCAAGAUCUGUAAGAGCAAAGCAGAAGAAUCUCAGCAGUAUUACCACAGCUUGGCUAUCCGGCAGAGUCUGGCUGUCCAUUUUAACAUCCAGCAGGACUGCGGUCACUUCCUUGCCGAAGUGCCCGGCCGUCUGCUGCCCUGGGAGGACCCUGGCACCGCCGAGGAGGAGGAGGAGGUGGAGGGAGAAGUGGGCGGGAAGGGCCCGGGGCCCCGGCCUGAAGCAGAGCCGCCCCGGAGGGAGGGCCAGGGGGCCGCCGGCAGGAGGCGGAGAAGCCACGUCGUGGUCAUCACCAGGGAGGUUCCCUGUCUCACUGUGGCCGAUUUUGUGCGAGACUCUCUGGCCCAGCAUGGAAAAAGCCCCGACUGGUAUGAGAGGCAGGUGUGUCUGCUGCUCCUGCAGCUGUGCUCCGGCCUCGAGCACCUGAAGCCCCACCACGUCACUCACUGCGACCUUCGCCCGGAGAACCUGCUGCUCGUCCGCCACCAGCCUGGGGGGCCCGCAGAGCCCACCCCCACCUCGUCCCGUCCCCCCAGACUCCUCGUAAGCAACUUCUCUCAGGCCAAGCAGAAGAGCCACCUGGUGGACCCUGCGGCCCUCCGGGACCGGUCCCGCCUCGCCCCGGAGAUCCUGACGGCCACCCAGUACAAGAAGUGUGACGAGUUCCAGACAGGCAUCCUCGUCUACGAGAUGCUGCACCUGCCCAACCCCUUCGACGAGAACCCGGGGCUCAAGGACAAGGAGUACACGCGGGCAGACCUGCCUCGCAUCCCGCUCCGCUCCCCCUACUCCUGGGGCCUGCAGCGGCUGGCCAGCUGCCUCCUGAACCCCAACCCCUCCGAGCGGAUCCUCAUCUCGGACGCCAGAGGCAUCCUCCAGUGCCUGCUCUGGGGCCCCCGGGAAGACCUCUUCCAGACUCUCGCUGCCUCCCCCAGCCCGGUCCAGAGAAGCACCCUGCUCCAAAACUGGCUAGACAUCAAGCGAACGCUGCUGCUGAUCAAGUUCGCCGAGAAGUCCCUGGACAGCGAGAGUGGCGUCCGCCUCGAGGACUGGCUCUGUGCCCAGUAUUUGGCUUUUGCCACUCCAGACUCCCUCAGCUGUGUUGUGAAAAUCCUGCAACACUGUUAAUGUACCCUAGUUGCUGCUUUUUCUUCCCCUUCUUCAAGUUUCCCACGCACUUCCCCUCCCAUCACUCACACAGAAUUCAAGGGAAGAAGAGAGACAAACCCUCCAUCCCGUCCAUGAACAAAUGAGUCAGAGGUUAUCCACCACUCCAAAUUGAGUGAGAAGCUUAGUCCGUCUUAACUUUACAGGAAUUCAACUGCACAAACAUGCAUUUGCCUUCCAUUGGAGCACCUCAUACCCUGAUUGUCCCACAAAUGCAGGUAAAAAAUGAAAGUACAUAUCCUUGAAGGGACAGCUCCUUUGGUAUAAACUCAAUGAGCUAUGUCCUAUUCCUCCGUAAUUCUGAACAUCAUAUGUCUUUUUAACACCAAGUGUAUUCUCACUAGCAAUAGACAGCUUUAACCAACCCUUGCCAUCAUCCAUUAAGCUCUCACAACAGAUUUUCUUUCUUUAAAAUACCAAUAAGAGACUCUCUUACCAGGCGGAACUGCCUUCCUUAGCAUCAGCCUAGUUUUGGUUCUGGGGACUAUGUAUCCUUUGUUCCAGUGGGUAGUGGAAAGAUGAAGAGGUCCCAUCCUUUGGGUCAUGGCCCCAUUUCCAUUCCUGUUAUCGGUAAGUGGGUGUUCUGCAUGGAGGGUCGCCCUCGCAGUCUCCCCUCAGCUGCCACUGUCAUUCUCCUUCACCUCUACUCUGCCCCCGCUUGCGGGUGGAGUUUGGGUUCACUGACCACACGUGCCCCAUUACAGAGCUGUCCCAUGGUGGUGUCGCAAAUGCCUCGGCAGGGUGGGGCACAGUUCAGAUCCUGUAAAUAGCUGGCAGGACACAAGGAGAUGAUUUUCCUGCAUGCGCGAUUCUUUCGGGGCCAGCAGGGGAACAGUUUAAAGGACCAUUCUUUGAUUACCGUCAGAGCUGUCAGUGUUGACAGCCCGGGCUGGCGGUGCCCAGAUCAGAGUUUUCCCCUGAGCAGUAAUCGGCCCGCUGUCUUCCAUCAGUAGCCAGUGCUAACUAGCCUACCAAAAUGCUAUAGAUAACAGCCCUGGAUGAACUGGCUGUCCAUUGAGCUCUUAAGAUCUCUCAGAGGGCAUGGCACAGCUGGCUAUUAGGAUGUCCAGAAGGCUGGCGAGGGGGAGAAGGCCAGUGAUGAGGCUGCUGACCUCCUCCCCAGGAUACUGACCUCUUCUGGAGGCUGCUUCCUGGUUGCACUGCUACAUUGCUCCUUAUGACUCUGAAAUGGCUCUGAAGGACAGCUGACAGGGAAUUUUGACUGCUGAGGUGGGUGGUUGAGAGCUGUUCAUCAUUCGUGGGGUCUGCGCUCCAUGCCUAUGGAUAUAUGUGCACUUUUUGUAUGUAUUCUUAGCUGUAUAUUACAGUGUUUAUGUUGCAACUUCACCUGAAGCAAGAUCGACAGAAGUCCUCUCCUUCCCUCAGCACAUUUUGGCUAAGAGACAAGUGUUCCUUCCACUGAGGGUUGGGGAGAUUGUGUGUGUGUGUGUGUGUGUGUGUGUGUGUGUGUGCACGUGCACAAACGUGAGCACAUGCGUGCUUGUUUUAUUCAAAACUGUGAGUAUCUGUUUACUUCAACCUUAAGUCCCAAGAGUCACUCAGACAGUGUGAUUGUUGUGUACACGUGUGUGCCCAUGUGUGUGCACAUGCACGCUGAAAGCAGAGGUCAGGCCUCUCGGGGAGCAACCUGUGGCAGGUUCGAUAGACAUGUUCUCUGCACCUAGUUGGUGAAGGAGCCCUGGGGCCCUUCAUCUACCAGGACAGAGUUUCUUAAAGCCAAGACUGAAUGUACAGUAUUACUUAGCACAUUAGUGGCCUUUUGGAUAUUUCUAAACUUUUGACAUUUUAGCGGCCUUUCAUGUGAUUCACCUAUAUCAAAGAGGGUCAAGAAAGGAGAAGAAUGUAUUUUGUUGUGCUUUUCUUUCUUUUUUUUUUUUUAAGAGAAUGGUCAUGUGAGGCUCCAUGUGGAGCAUGUCCCUGCUGUGGCCGGCAGGACGGGACUCCCAGGAAGAGAGCUGGUCGGCCCCAGCAAGCCUUGCCUUCUCUAGCCGAGUAUGGCCGCAGAAUGGGUGUGCCGCUGCAGGCCAGCAGUCCGCUCUCCCCAUGGCCUGCGGCUUGGCCGCACCUUGCCUAGCACACUGGCGUCUGGUUCAUCUUAGCAUAGCCCAUGUGCGCAUAGCUCCUUGCCCGAUCGCACACUGAGGCAGCAGCUCACGGGCGCGGGCCACGUCAGCUGGCACGCUCCUGAGAGGCCCUCCCCGCCAGCUGCGUGCUGAGACACUCUCGCAGUGCCUUCCCCAUGCAAGUUUGAACGUUGAUUAUUUAAUGAAGAAUGUUCCCUAGUCCUUCUACUUGUUUUCUAGGUAUCCUUUCUUUUUCUUUUCCUUUUUUUCUGUCUUGACUUGGAUCCGGUCUUCUAACUCUUAAAGCAUUAUAAACAUGGACACCCUCCACUACUCUUACAGCACUGGUAAGCCGCGCGCCUCUUCUCAUCAGAUUUGUUUAGUACUGUUUUUGUAUUCGAUUUGUUAGGGGCAAAAGAUGAAUGCGAACUCAUUCGAGAAGGGCCUCAGGCUUCCCGGAGACAGGUGGCCAAGGAAUGUGAGCUGGGGAGAGAGGAGCGUGUUACAGGUUAGAGCAGAAAAGAUGAAAUAACUAUUUCUAGACAAGAAGUACUACAUCAGAUGGUCUGCAGAAUGUUUUCCCAAAAUAAUGAAAUUUAGGCAAUCUAAUAUUAUCAUAAUCUUUUUUACAUUUCCUUUUUUAAUUAUAGUAGGAACUUUGAAUUCAUUCGUCAACUGGAAAGAACCCUAUCCUCAGACACAGAUAGACAGACAUGUAUAUAUGUUUUGGUUUGUGACUAAUAGAGCACUUUAAGUUUUCUCAAGCAAUACAGAGUUAUUAUCUUCAAAAUUGAUUGGAAAUGCUUUCACUGAGGUCUGUACUAUACAGAGUCUUCCCUUUAUAUUGAGACUUUGAACAAUUAAAUCACUAUUGGGACUUUUCCUUAAGCCACCUGAGCAAGAACAAUCUGUCGGCCACAUUUCGGCGCUAGAGCACCAGGACGGCAGCUGGAGUGGCCGAGACCGCGCCUGGAUGUACAGCAGGGCGCCUUGUUCGAGUGAGAGCCCAGGCUUGGAAGGCAGAGGGUCAGGGUUCCACAGGCAGGACUGGAGCUUUGAGAGGGCCCCGCGCCAGCGUGAGCAGAGCCGCUCUGGCGUGUGUGCGCUCCUACGGUGCACAGAAGCCAGUUCAGGACGAACAGCGGCAGGAAGAAGGCGAGCAGGUGGAGCAGGGGGAAGCUGUGGACCCCGCAACGAGAGAAUCGUGAAUCAGGCCCACAAGUCACUAGGUCAAGGUAGAAUUGGGAGCCAGACAGAUGGCAGUGGGUUUCAAGGUUCGCCCUCGGAAGAUGAAGCAGGUAAGGCAGAGGGCGUGGCACAGCACCCACACUGCAGGUGUGGGCCGAGAAAGAUAAAGCAUCUGGUAGGAUUUUUAAGAAUCUGAGUAGUCCUUCAUUGUCAGAGUAAGUGGGGGCCGCUUUGGCUUCCAAACCUCAGGGUAAGUUUGUGAAUAUGGAACACUCUUAAGUCAAGAGAUCUAAACCUCUAGAAAUAGUAAUACUAUGGAGUAAACGACCUAAAAUUGUACUUUAAGCUUCCUAGCAUUGUAAAAUUCCCAUGAAAUAUCUUUGGGAUCUACUAAAUAGUAAGGCAUGGAAAAAUUACCCUCAGCUGCCCCAAUUUGAAUUUAAGAUACUUUGGUGCUGGGAAGUAACCUGACUUGGUUUCAUUGGUAACCUGCAACUAGGACUUUUCCCUAGAUUUUACCAGCAGUGAUCUGAAAAAGAUACAUGCUGGUCUCCAGAAUGGCUGAGGGGCAGGUCAGGACACUGCACAGUAUUCGGAGUGCUUCUAGACACAGAAAGGAUCAAUACACUUGGAGGUGGGGGAGAGAGCGCUUCACUCUGUAGGCCAGCUCGGAUAGUUUUUUAUUCCCCUCACUAGCUGACAAGGAUUAAAAUUCAGGUCCAGCCUAAUGAGUGAACAGGAGUGGCUGCCCACAAAACCAGGCUCUGAGUUUUACCCCACUGCCGCUCAUGCCGAAGUGUGCACUGAAGUCUGGCUGGCUGUGCUUAUGGCAGCACCAAAAGUGGGGAUUCCGUGGACCAAAAAUGAUGCCAUAAGGGAGGCCAGAAGAGCUGCAGUGCAAGGUCCUAGAUAGUGAUUAUACCAAAGAAAUCAAGCCUCUUUGUCGUGAUGCUUCUAAGGUGAUAAGACUGAGCAAUGACAGAUGCCAAAUAUGAGGAGAAUGCACAUACAUUCCGUAUCAGGGUAGU